GUUCUAUUUCGUUUUCCUGCGUUUUCGCAAUCGAUUCCUUGGCUGGUACUCGUACCCAUAAAACGAGUGACGAAAAGGAGCAACCUUUAGGUCUCGGUUUUUCGUCCGAUCAAAAUCUGUCGGUGACCUCGUCGCCCUUUUCGAUUGACGGAAUUUAUAGCCGGUGACGAUCGAUGAUGCGUUUAGGGGUUUUGAACUAUUGUUGCUGAAGUUAGCGAUAUGUCAGUCCAUCUCCACAAGGUCUGAAGUCGAUCUUGUAAACAAUCAUCAUCAUAAGUUCACUUCGGAGAGGAGAAGAAAAAAAAAAUCACGUAUCUUUCUUUGAUGGAAAUGGCAGAGAUAUUCGGUUACACGGGUUGCAGACAGUUGUCUCAGAUGUUACUGGCCAUAAUCUUUUUCCACACAUCAGAAUACAUUUUGGCAAUCACCAUCCACGGGGCAUCAAACGUAAGCCUCAGCUCGCUUCUGAUCAGCAAACACUACAUUCUCGCAAUGCUGAUAGGGCUGGUCGAGUAUGCCACUGAGAUCGUUCUGUUCCCGGGUCUGAAAGAACACUGGUGGGUUAGCAACCUUGGUCUCGUAAUGGUUAUAACAGGGGAAAUCAUCCGGAAAACAUCGAUAAUAACGGCCGGGAGAUCGUUCACACAUCUGAUAAAGGUCUACCACGAGGAUCAUCACAGGCUUGUGACAGAAGGAGUGUAUAGUCUGAUGAGACAUCCGAGCUACUGUGGUUUCCUCGUAUGGUCUGUCGGGACACAAGUAAUGCUCUGUAAUCCCAUUUCGACGGUCGCGUUUGCGGUCGUGGUUUGGCGUUUUUUCGCCCAGAGAAUACCGUACGAGGAGUACUUUCUGAGACAGUUUUUCGGGGCAGAGUAUGCGGAGUAUGCCCAAAGAGUUCCAUCUGGUGUUCCCUUUGUAAAGUGACAGCCUUUGAUCAUUAAAGAAGACUGAGCUCUCAUUCUCACAAGAGUUUUUAAUUGUUGUAGAAACGUUUUGAAUAAUUUAAUUUUCUUUCAUGGGUCUUUUGGGUUUCUGGUGGUAUCAUUGUAUGUGAAUAAAAGUUCUGAAAUUUGGUCUGUAGGGUUUUUGUUCAUAAUGCCCUUAUCCUUAUGUUUUGUUCAUUGAUUUGUAGAAUGGCAAUUUCUCUGAUUGAACAUUCUGUAUAACAAACUGAUAAUAGAUAUGUAUCUGAUAGUCU